AUGAAUCUAAUUCAUGGAACGCCAUCUGAUUUCUCUACGUCAUCGAAAUUUGAAUUUUCCUGGGAUUACUGUAUCUCGUAUUGCUAUCAGAUGUCAACAUGUCUAGCUGCAUAUUAUCAAGUGGAAUUUCCAGAGAUUUGUGAAAUUUUUGAAAUUGGAAAACUGGCGAAAAUCCAAAAAUUGAAUGCAGUAGUCCCCACCGGGGAAAUAACCCGCCUUGAGGCUCAAAAAUUGUGUGCUGAAGAUUUUCAAGGCGUUUUGAGUGGAUUCGAUAGCGAUUUCGAGCAUACUUCUGCAAUUAAAUCUGCAGUACUAUUAGUUCCCAAAAAUACCCCAUACAAAUAUUAUGGAUACUAUAUGGAUGGGGAGCGAAAAACGAAUUGUAGAUACUUGAAUCAAACUGGACCGGAUUGUAAUUGGAAUAAGAAUCCCGCCAAAAUGAAUCUAAUUUAUGGAACGCCUUCUGAAUACAAGACGUCAUCGAAAUUUGAAUUUUCCUGGGAUUACUGUAUCUCGUAUUGCUAUCAGAUGUCGACAUGUCUAGCUGCAUAUUAUCAAGGCGACUUUCCGGAGAUUUGUGAAAUUUUUGAAAUUGGAAAUCUGGCGAAAAUUCGAAAAUUGAAUGCGUACUCUGGAAAAAUUAUGGCGGUAAAGACAACCUCUCCAUCUGAAUGCUCCGCAAGCUCUAAUGACAGUUUGAUGGCUGGUACAGUAUCCACAGCAUCCACGUGGCAAAACUACAGUAUCCAAGUUUCCCAAGAUUUUUGGACAAUAGAUUCGAGUCCAUUUUUUGAAUGUCCGGAGAAUUUUAGAUUAUGGAAUAGAGCCAAAGGAUAUUGGUGUAUGAGGGUCCACUUUAAAAUCGGAAUCAGUCAAAUGGACAGUGCUACAUAUUGCAAAGAAAGUUAUGGGGGCAUGUUGAGUGGAUUCGAUUCGUAUGCGGAGAAACUAUGGGUUGUUGGAAUCACAAAGUCGUUGGUCAAUCCGAGCUUUCAAUUCGAUGGAUAUUGGAUAAAUGGGAUUCGGAAGGAUUCUUGUAGAUACCGUAACCAAACCGGACCGGAUUGUGAUGGAAUAGCAGCGUUUAAUAUUACGGACCCUUUAAUGUACAAUACCACUUCAUACGUUUGGGGCAGCGAUUAUCAGCCGGAUGGAUAUGAAAAUGGUAUUUGGAUCCACGACUGUUUGGUUUUUAGAGUGCAACCACAAAGUGGAGCAGGAGUCGAUGACCUACCGUAA